AUGGGCGAGCUCGACGACUUCAUGGACCAGGCAGGGGGCCGUCCGUCUGCUUCGGACACUCCAUCUGCUACAGAUCCCUCCGCGACCGAAAACACCAAGAAGCGCAAGAACGUGAAGGAGCCCGAGGCCAACAAGAAGCCCAAGGUUAUGGAGAACAAGGCUAUUUGGAUCUCCAACCUGCCUCUUGAUACCACGAAGAAGGAGCUCGAGGACGAGUGCUCGAGGUACGGCAUCAUUGACAAGGGCGCCAACGGCGAGCCGCGCAUCUACAUGUACGAAACCGACGGCGUCUUCAAUGGUACUGCCAUGGUUGUAUACUUCAAGAAAGAGGCUAUUGCCAAUGCGAUCAGGCUGAUGGACGACUUCCCUCUCCGCCCAGGCGAUAACUCCAACGGCAACAUCCACGUCGAGGCAGCUAAGAUUGAGCACAAGAAAGAGAGAGACGGCGAGAAGAUCGCAUCCAAGCUUACGCGCAAGGAUAGGAAAGCGUCUGAGCGCAAUCGCGCUGAGCUAAACCAGAAGCUCAACGAGUGGUCCGACAACGAAGAUUACGUCGCCGAGACCUUGGCGCCCAAAAAGAACAAAUGGGCUAAAGUCGUCAUCAUCAGGAACAUCUUUGAUUUGGAGCAGCUCGAAGAGGACGCGGGCGCAUAUCUGGAGAUCAAGGAGGACAUGCGCGAGGCAGCGGAGCAGUACGGUGAGGUCACCAACUGCACUCUAUACGACAGGGAGCCCGAGGGCGUCGUCACAGUCCGCUUCCGCGAGUUCGAGCCUGCUGAGAAUUUCGUUGCCGGCUUCCAGGGCAGGAGAUAUAACCACCGUGGUCUCCAACUUUCGCUCGCAGAAGACAAGCCCAAGUUCAAGAAGUCUGGCCGUUCCGAUACACCAGACAGUGACGAUGAGGCUCCAGCGACGGCGGCCAAAGCCAAAGCCUAA